AUGGAAGCCGAUCAGACAACGACCAACAAUUCAUCACAUUCAGGCUCUGAUGACCCACCUUACAACUCAGACCCCGAGAAUCCAACGAGUGAGGAUGAAACUCAAUUUGAAGGUCAAACUAUAGCUUCUGACGAUUUUGUAAGGGACAUAGUUGAGCGUCUCCUAUGUGAAGGCCAUAAAGGACCGAAGAUUCGUCAGAUCCUGCAAGAGGAGCAUGGGAUCUCAAUGUCUGCAAGCACUCUAACUCGCAGGCGACGAACCUGGGGCCUGAGACAGCUUCAAAGACAAAAACCCACCCAACCUGCCCUACUACCUCAUAUCCGAGCAUCUCUCCUGUCCUCCCAUGCCAAAGGUUUAAAUUUGCAAGAAAUCCAAGCCAGACUCACCAAGGAGACAGGUAUUGUAGUUUGCUUACGGACUGUCAAGAGAUACUUGCACCGACUCCGAGUCAAAUUGAACGUGAAUGACCUGGCUCUUGGCAAUGUGACACUGACUCAAAUAUAUGAAGCCAUCAACCAUAUCCAGAGGUUUUUACUACACAACAACACCGGUUACCGACGGAUGAGGACUCUUCUUGCAAGGAACUACAACAUUAGGAUUCCCAGCCCAAAUCAUGUUUGGUCAAUUGACGGGCAUGAUAAACUCAAGCGAUUUGGAAUAACUGUAUACGGAUUUAUCGAUGCCUGGUCUCGCGAGAUAUUGGGCCUUUAUGUACAUGUGACCAAUAACGAUCCCCGUCACAUUGGUGUUUACUUUCUCAAUUUGGUCUCAAAACUUGGCGGGGUCCCACUCAAAGUCACUGCUGACUAUGGGACAGAAACUGGUGAUGUGAGCUUUUACCAGAUCAAGCUGUCCCAUCGGUUUGCAGGAAUUACCCUGGAAGAAGCAUCAAAACAAAUGCAUCACACCAAAUCAACACACAAUCAAAAAAUUGAGGCACUCUGGUCUCAAAUGAUGAGGCAGCACAAUUGA